UGGAGGCGGCAAAGGACUUCACUGUGGAUGGUCUCACCGCUUACAACGGCAAGAAGAAGAAGAAAAAACGCAGGCACAGCCGCACUAUCUUCACGUCGUACCAGCUGGACGAGCUGGAGAAGGCUUUUAAGGAUGCCCACUACCCCGACGUGUACGCACGCGAGAUGCUCUCCCUCAAAACGGACUUGCCAGAGGAUAGGAUACAGGUGUGGUUCCAGAACCGUCGUGCGAAGUGGCGCAAGACGGAGAAAUGUUGGGGGCGGUCCACCAUCAUGGCGGAGUACGGGCUGUACGGCGCCAUGGUGCGACACUCGCUUCCUCUGCCGGAGACCAUCCUCAAAAGCGCUAAGGAGAACGACUCCGUCGCACCCUGGCUACUCGUUCAAGGUCUUGGAGCAGCACAGCCGGCGGCUGCACGAGGACUGGCGGCUCCAGGUGCGAGGUCUGCAGCGGGCGGGCGCGGCGGCGAUGGCGGGCGCGGGGGCGGCCAUGGGGGGUGCGCUGGGGGGCGCGUGCGCGGGCGCCGGCAGCGAGGACGAGGGCCCGCUGGACAUCGACGUGGGUACGGAGCCGCCGCCCCCCGCGCGCCUCUACUGA